GAUCCGUGCCGGGAGCGCGCUGAGACCAAGACAAAUACGCGCUCACGUUUCCGCAUGCCGAGCAGAACGCGAAAGAGGGCGAAUAAUCCAGCCGAAGCUCAUCCAACCUGACCCAACGCCUUUAGAAGAGGAAGUUACCUCCACCGAGGAGGUGCACGGAUCAUUAGAGAGCUUUUUUGGGAACGCAUUUUGCACCACGGGAUGCCCCUAGUUCUCGUCCUUUUCCCUCCAGGAACCGCGUCUGUUUUUGUCGAGUUAUCAGCAAAGCCUAACCCAGCCUUAUCGUGAGUGCCACACGGGGAGGAGAGGAGAGGAGAGGAGAGGGCACACGUUUGCGCUGCCUUGUUUGCCCCCACCUGGCUUCGGAGCUACUUAAAUCCGCAGGAAUGUCGCAGGAGAGACCCACUUUCUACCGGCAAGAGCUCAACAAAACAAUGUGGGAGGUCCCGAAACGGUACCAGAACCUGUCUCCCGUCGGAUCUGGUGCCUAUGGUUCUGUUUGUUCAGCGUUUGACGUGAAGACGAGCCUGAAGGUAGCAGUGAAGAAGUUAUCCAGACCUUUCCAAUCCAUCAUCCAUGCAAAGAGAACCUACAGAGAGCUGCGGCUGCUUAAACACAUGAAGCACGAGAAUGUGAUCGGUCUUUUAGAUGUUUUCACACCUGCAACAAGCUUAGAAGAGUUCAGCGAUGUCUACUUGGUGACCCAUUUAAUGGGGGCAGACCUCAACAACAUUGUCAAGUGUCAGAAGCUGACGGAUGACCACGUCCAGUUCCUCAUAUACCAAAUUCUCAGAGGCCUAAAGUACAUUCACUCUGCAGACAUCAUCCACCGAGAUUUGAAGCCCAGUAAUCUGGCUGUAAAUGAAGAUUGUGAGUUGAAGAUCCUGGAUUUUGGUUUGGCACGGCAUACGGAUGAUGAAAUGACUGGCUAUGUAGCUACUCGGUGGUACCGAGCCCCAGAGAUCAUGCUUAACUGGAUGCACUACAACAUGACAGUGGACAUCUGGUCGGUGGGCUGCAUCAUGGCUGAACUCCUCACCGGACGAACGCUGUUCCCUGGCACCGACCACAUUGAUCAGUUGAAGCUUAUAAUGCUGCUCGUCGGAACCCCAGGGCCUGAGCUCUCAAUGAAAAUCUCCUCAGAGUCUGCAAGGAACUAUAUAAACUCACUUACCCACAUGCCCAAGAGAAACUUUGCAGAUGUAUUCAUCGGCGCCAACCCUCUUGCUGUGGACCUGCUGGAGAAAAUGUUGGUGCUGGACACGGACAAACGGAUAACGGCGUCAGAGGCGUUGGCUCACCCUUACUUUGCUCAGUACCACGAUCCAGCUGACGAACCCGAAGCGGAACCUUACGACCAGAGCUUUGAAAGCCGUGAGCUGGAAAUUGAGGAGUGGAAGAGGUUAACUUUCGAGGAGGUGAUCAGCUUUGAGCCGCCAUCGUUCGACAGGGAUGAGAUGGAAUCGUGAAGAGAAGGAGUAGACCUCCAUCCUUAAGCAGAAACACACUAAAAAAAAAAAAACUUCAUACACCCUCAACACCACAAUGUUCAAGUGCCUGCCAUAUUUCAAUCUCUGGGGGGUAAUUUUCAGGGACUAAACUUGACUUUGUGUUUCUCUCUUGUUUUGUUAGUUUCUAUACAAACUAAUAAUUGAGUGAGAUUGGCAACUAGCAUUGCAGUCUUUAUAUUCUGAGCAAAUUGGAGUAAUUUAUCUUUGAUAAUCAAAAUAAUACUUAAUACACAAGCGGGAUUGAAACAUUUUAAGGAGAUAUAAAAUGUAUCUUGUUCCACUUUCAAAUUGUAUAUUUUUGGACAUAGAAGUGUUUUAGAAUGACAACAAAAGCAGUGUUUGUAUAAGAAAAUACUUCAGCCAGGCCAGUAACCAUAUUGGACUCACAGUAUGAAUUCUGUCAUGUGGCAUAAAAAGAGAUGUUAUUUAAUAAAUACAGCAUAUUCUCUACAGUAUAUGUAACAUACCCACCUAUUUCUGGAGUGCAAUUAAGGCUUUGUUUUUAUACUUUGAUACAAAGUCUUUCAAUGCUGCUCCUCUUUACAUUUCUGAGAUGUUCGUUUCCUAUACAUGUUUUUCGCUUCUUCCCAAUGUAUGUCCUGUUAGCACUUUAGUUACUGUACAAUGUUUAAGCAUCCUCUCACGUCCUGCAGGACCACAAUCGUGUGGUAUGUCUUGAGAUUUUUAAAGUCAUCCAUCACAACAUGAGCGGACUUUGUCCUUUAAUCAUAUUGCGUUUAUAAAUCACAAGUGUUUGUUGAAUGUUUUAUGGAUGUUAGGGUGUCUAUUUAUGAUCUUUUCUCAUGUUUUGAUGUUUUGUAUAUUGAUGUUAAAGAAUGUCAUUUGUAAAAAAAAAAAAAAAAAAAAAAAAGUUACGGUUCAGUUCAUUAUUUAUGGAGAGCGAUCUUUUACCAGAAACCAAAUGUAUCAUCUGCUAAUCUCAGUCUGUGAUGACUGCUGUUACACUUUGUCCCAAUGGGGAAAUUAAGACAAUUCCAUUGUUUCAUUAGCACGUUUAUUAUUGUGUUGCCAGAAUGUACUGCAUUCAAACAUAUUCUAUUUUCAGACAACGUCAAUAGAAAUCAUUGAGAAUUAUCAGAUUGAGGUCACUUACCUCCCCCCCCAAAAAAAAUCUUUUUUUGCAGUUUUCUUAGGAGGCCACAUUUAGACACAUGCUGACUUCAUUGUUUCAUUGGCAAAUACUUGUUUUCAUAUAGGCUUUUUCCAAAUGUGAUAUUUGUCUGUUCAAAUCAAGAUCUCAUAUUUUGUGAUAUUUA